AUGCCAUUCGAAAAGGAUCUCACCGAAUUUCCCGACGUCCAGGCAAAACUACAGAAACCAACCAAACAAUCUGCCUUUGAGAAGCAAAAAGCCGAGGCCGAGGCCAAGCGUAAGCGCGAAGCCGCCGAGACAGCCGCCGUCUACAAAGAUUUUCUCAAGAGCUUCGACGACGACGACGACAACGAUGGCAAUAACAACCGAACCGCAGCGAGGCACAUUGCUGGCAACAGCGGCGGCAUCCCCCCGCCACCCCGCCAACGACCCGGCAGCGGUAACGGUGGCCUCAUACCGCCACCUCCUACAGGACCGGGAGGAUCGAGGCGUCACUUUGGCGCGUCGGGAUCGAGGAAUGGCCCGGGAAGUUUGGGACCGCCGCCGAUGGGGUUCGGCAAGAAGAGGUCCUUCCAGGACUUUUCACGUCCCCCCGACGAUUCCUCGGCUCGCGAGGGGCCCAGCGUAGGCGCCUCAUCGCUCUCGGUCCCCAGAGCUUUCCGCACGAGCGACGACGAGGAUGAGGAUAUGGGAAAUGCUGGCAGCACGGCGGACCGGGAUAGGGCAGCGGAGAAGGCUAUAUCGAGGCCGACGCUGCGGCUGACUAACCUUCCACCCGGCUUGUCGGCGUCGGCCAUCAAGGCCCUGAUCCCGGAUAACCUUAUGGUGGAGCAGGUGAAGUUCCAGGCGCCUGCCGGGCUGGGAGGGUCGGAGAAGAAGUGCGCCGCCGCCAUCGUCGUCUUGUCGCAGGAUACUCCAGCCAACGAGAUCGAGGCGGCCGUCAGCGCUCUGCAGAACAGGUACCUGGGCUACGGGCACUAUCUCUCCCUGCACCGGCACCUGUCAUCUGCGGUGGCAACCUCGUCUGCCGCGCUGAACAGCCUUGCCGCGUCAAACGCCGACACGCAGCCGUUUGGCGCCAAGCCGGUGGAGCAGAAGCGUCAGGACCACAACUCGGACAGGCGCGGCGGCCACCAUCAGCAUCGCGGCGGCUUCGCACCGCCCCCGAGCUACAGCAGCGUGGGUGCGGGUGCGGGUGCGGGCGUCAACCGCUCCAACCUGCUCCACGUGCCCGUCAGGCCGCCGGCCGACAUCAAGACCACGAAGCUCAUCAACAUGGUCAUAGAGGGCGUCCUGGCCAACGGGCCCGAGUUCGAGGCGCUACUCAUGUCGCGGCCCGAGGUGCAGCGCGAGGAGAAGUGGGCGUGGAUAUGGGACGCGCGCAGCCAGGGAGGCACGUGGUACCGCUGGCGGCUGUGGGAGGUGGUGACCGGUGCGCAGAACGGCAAGCUACGGGGCAAGUACGUGCCUAUAUUCGACGGCAGCCACGCGUGGAAGGCCCCCGACAAGAAGCUCCCGUUCGAGUACACGACUAGACUGGACGAUUUCAUCUCCGACUCGGACUACAACUCUUCAGAUGACGAGGACGUCGAAGGCGGCGGCGGAGACGGCGAGGCCGGCGGCGGUAACGAGGAUGAAAAGACCUUCCUCAACCCCCUGGAGAAGGCUAAGCUCACGCAUCUCUUGGCGCGACUGCCGACGACGCUAUCCAAGCUACGGAAGGGUGACAUUGCACGGGUGUCGACGUUUGCCAUCAUGCAUGCCAGUCGCGGGGUGGAGGAGGUGGCGGACAUGAUCGUGGCAAACGUCGAGAGACCGUUUGCGCUGACGGCGGCCAACCCCCAGCGGAAGUCGGAAGCUAGAGAAGCUGCUCCCGGCGGGGGCGCCGAGGACGGCGGCGGGGGCGGCGGCAGCAGCAGCAACAACGAAGCACCGGACGUAAGUUCAGCGAGUCUGGUGGGCCUGUACGUGAUCAGCGACAUCUUGUCAUCGUCGUCGACGAGCGGCGUCCGUCACGCCUGGCGGUUCCGACAGCUAUUCGAGUCGACACUGCGCAACCGCAGAGUGUUUGAGCACCUGGGGUCCAUGGCCGAGAAGCUACGAUGGGGCAGGCUGCGCGCCGAGAAGUGGAAGCGCAGCGUGAACCUGGUCCUCAACCUGUGGGAGGGGUGGUGCGUCUUUCCCAACGAGAGCCAGCAGCUGUUUGCGCGCAGCUUUGAGAAUCCGCCGUCGGUUGGCAAGACCGAGGACGGCAGUGCCGGCACCGGCAGGACGGCCGACGAGUCUCAGAAGAAGGGCAGCAAGUGGAAGGUGGUUGAGGCUACGCAGCACCAGGCCGAGGCGGCGGCAGUUCAAGACAGGGGCGAACCUAUCGACGAGGACGAUGUGGCUGGCGAGCCCAUCGACGAGGACGACGUCGAGGGAGAACCUAUAGACGAUGACGUCGAGGGAGAGCCUAUAGACGAGGACGAGCUCGAUGGGGGGGACCUUAUGGACGAGGACCAGAAGGCGCCCACGAGUGAGACACCAGGGGACCACCAGGGUCAGGAUGAUGCGGCAGUAGCCGCGGCCUCGACGGCGGAAGCAACAAGAGGAGGACGAGAAGAGGAUACGAGUGGAAUGACAGACGAGAACGGGGCAGCAAAGGGUCCUCCCGUGCGGAAGCCAAGGAUGCGUGCGGCCGACAUGUUUCCCGACUCGGACGCAUCUGAUGGAUCACAAGGGGGAAAGUGA